CCGGCGCACCUGUUGCCACCCGGAAGAAGCCGGUUGCCAGGUGAGGGAGGCCUGGUCCUGGCCGACGCCAACUCCCAGGAUCGCCAGGGCCGGCAGAGGGACAGAAUGAUGAAGUCUCCCACCACCGGGCCUACGCGAGGAUAGACGGAAUCCUUGAAGCCGGCACUAUCUGCGACAAAGUCAACCCUUUCACUCUUGUGGGAGUUCAGGAAACGCAGAACAAUCAAUGGCACCAGUUCCAUUGGGGAUUCGCUUCCUGACUUCGUUCACAAGGGAACAAUGCUACAGAACGUUCACGUUCGUUCUCACCUUUCUGCUGUAUGCGGCCUAUCACCUGUCCCGGAAACCAAUCAGCAUUGUCAAGAGUGCUUUGCAUAUGAAUUGUUCACUGGCCAAUGAAUUUGAGCUGUACAGCUACAAGGAACACUUGAUUCAGGCUAAGCUUCUGGGAAAACCCUUUUCCAACAGCACAUGGUGCAACUGGGAGCCAUUUGAUAAAAGCAACUACAAGCAGCUGCUGGGAGCCCUGGACUACUCCUUCCUCUGUGCCUAUGCUGUUGGGAUGUACGCCAGUGGAAUAAUCGGUGAGCGUUUAUCUAUUCGCUUGUACCUCACGUUUGGGAUGCUGAGCAGUGGCUUAUUCACCGCUCUGUUUGGAAUGGGAUACUUCUACAACAUUCACAACUUGCGGUACUAUAUAUUUAUUCAGGUUGCCAAUGGUUUAGUGCAGACGACCGGCUGGCCCAGUGUCGUGACCUGCAUCAGCAACUGGUUCGGGAAGGGAAGGAGAGGCUUGAUCAUGGGGAUCUGGAACUCGCACACGUCCGUGGGGAACAUCCUGGGCUCCCUGAUCGCUGGCCGCUGGGUCUCCAGCUGCUGGGGCUUGUCCUUCCUGGUGCCGGGCAUCAUCGUCGCCACAAUGGGACUCGUUUGCUUCCUCUUCCUGAUUGAGCAUCCGCACGAUGUGAAGUGUGGUGUGACUCGGGCGCGGAAGCCGUCCAAGUGCACGAACAGAUGGGACGCACUUAAACACAGAUGCCGUGAUGAACAAAGCAAAUACGACGCAUUUAUGGCUAGUGAAGUAAAAGAUCCAGAGAGGGAGUGUUUUUUGAAGGAGAGUGAUGUCGAGGUUUUGGCCGAGUCCAAUGGUUUAAUGACCAGCCACGUUGUCACCGUCAACAGUGACAGAGGCAACAAGCCGGCCGCCAUCAGCUUCCUCGGAGCCUUGAGAAUCCCCGGCGUGGUGGAGUUCUCCUUGUGUCUGCUCUUUGCCAAACUCGUCAGCUACACCUUCCUCUUCUGGCUGCCAAUGUACCUGGCCAACAAAGAACAUAUUGAUGCCAAAAAAGCUGGAGAUCUGUCGACGCUGUUUGACGUGGGUGGAAUUAUAGGUGGGAUCCUUGCAGGGGUGAUAUCGGAUUGGACAAGGAAGCGGGCGACCACCUGUGGAGCCAUGUUGCUGCUGGCAGCCCCCAUGCUUUAUAUAUUCUCUGCGGUCGGUGACAUGGGUCUGAAAACCAUCAUUGUGAUGCUGAUUGUUUGCGGGGCAUUGGUGAAUGGACCGUACGCACUAAUCACAACUGCAGUGUCUGCUGAUUUGGGCACGCACAAGAGCUUGACAGGAAAUUCCAAAGCCUUGUCCACUGUGACUGCCAUCAUUGAUGGGACCGGUUCCAUAGGUGCUGCUUUAGGACCUUUGUUAGCUGGUCUCAUCUCCCCCACGGGAUGGAACCAUGUCUUUUACAUGUUGAUGGUGGCAGAUGGCUGUGCUUUGUUGUUGCUGUUUCGCCUGAUACUGAAGGAGCUUCGCAUUUUAGACCCAAAGACAAAUGAGAUUGAGAUGAAGGAACACUGAUGAAGGUUUGAACGAGGGGCUUUGUGACAAGCCAACCUCACGCACUGCUACUGAAGAAGCAUAUUUGCACAACACUGGAGAUGUGGCGGGCACGUGGACUGCGGUGUGCCCCUUGGCUUGGACAGGCAUCUCCAUUCACAUGCCAGCCUUGGGAAUGCAUUCCACUCGAACCUCAGAGCGGAUUGCAUCUGCCACGGGAUCACGCGAUGCCUUCCCUUUGACCCCCACCAUGAAUAGGUGCCUUUGUAGUCUGCUAGAGAACCCCGCUUAUUUAUGAGGGAAGGAGGAACUGCAGAUGCUGCUUCAUACAUAAAAAGACACAGAGUGCUGGAGUAACUCAGCGGGUCGGGCAGCAUCUCUGGAGAACGUGGAUAGGUGACGU